ACGCUGCGUCGCUGGUGCUGGUAGGGGGCGUGGUCGUGGUUCUGCUCGGCGCCCUGGUAAUCUACACGCAGCAGCGCCAGCAGAGCUCAAGCGUACAGGCAGCGGUCGGGGAUCGCAUCCUCGAGAAACCGAUGGAGGGUGCGGCCAUCGCCAGCGUGACGGCGGCGCGGCCUGAUGUGGCAAUGCCAGACAGGAUCGCGGCGCCAACCGGACGCAGCGCAGCCGCAGGCGAGUCGUUGGACCCCGAUGUCCAGGGCGGCAGUGGCGCGGCGAGGGCGGGCGUGGCGGCAGCGGCUGGCACGGACUUCAACGGGGUCGCGGCGACGCCAGACGCGGCUGCAGUUACGGUCGGGAAGCUUUCCACUCCAGCUGUGCCGGGCGUGGAUGCGCUGGCUGGCGAGGGCUUGAACGGGAUCGCAGUGAUGCCACACGUGGCGGCAUUGACGACCGAGAGGGCUACCACUCCAGCUCCCGCCCCAGUCCCGCCGCCGCCUGCCACCCCAGCUCCCACCCCAGCUCCCACUGCAGCUCCCAGUGCAGCUCCCACGCCAGUCCCGCCGCCGCCUUGUGCGAUCUCGGGGGAAAACUGUGCUGAGAGUCGCUGCUGUGUCGGGGCCGGCGAGCAGUGCUACGAGAAGAGUCCCGGGGAGGCGGCGUGCAGGGCAGAGUGCCGUGCUGGUCCAGACAUGUCCGCCUAUCUCGAGCGCUCUAUCUGGUCUUGCCGGGAGCUUGGGGAGCGGACGACUGGCCGAGUGACAAAGGUGAACUGGACGGGCUUGCCUGUGCCAAGGUGGGCAAAGCAGUACUGCUCCUCGGGCAAGGACAACUGCCAGAUCACCAGGUGCUGUAGCGAGGAGGGCAUGCAGUGCUACGCUAAGAACAUGUCGGUGGCCCAGUGCAAGCCCUCCUGCAUGCCGGGCCCAGACCUGACCGACGUCGACUGGAUGAGCUGGAGCUGCGAAGAGAUCGGACCACGCACACCGGGGACGGUCUUGAAGCCGGCCGUCACGAGCCUGGUGGCGUCAGCGUGGGUCAGGACGCAGUGCUCGGUCAGUGGCGAGAACUGCAACAUGACAAAAUGUUGCAGUCAGGAUGGCCACCAGUGCUACUCCAAGAGCCAAGGCUGGAGCUCCUGCAAGCCGGACUGCACGCCUGGGCCCCAGCCAGAGGACCGCGCGGACGAGAGCUGGGCCUGCCGCGCCGAGGGGCCCCGCACGCCGGGCCGGGCAGAGGCGCCUCCCGUGAGGCGGGGCUCCUUCCUGGUCGUCGGCGACCUGGGAGCGGCAGGAGGCGGGCACGUGGGCUCGGCGAGGUGCAGGCUUGCCGUCGCGAGGGCGAUGGACGCCAAGAUGAGCGAGCUGGGAGACGUGAAAUUCGUGGUGAACGUCGGCGACUCCUUCAAAGACAGCGGCGUCCUGGACAGGGACGACGAGAAGUGGGACAGGGCGUGGCGCUGGAUCCACACCGACCAGCUCCGCAGUGUUCCCUGGUACAGCGUAUACGGAAACCACGACUACCGCUCGGACCCUUGCGCGUGCGUCGACGUGGAGGCGGAGUGCGCGCAGGUGAAUUACGACGAGCAGAACCUCGAGUACUUCCAGAUGCCUGGCACCAGCUACUUCAGGGCCUUUCCAGACAUGGGGAUCGAGAUCGUGGGCUUGGACCUGAACAAUUUCUGCGAUGCCAGCUUCGAGACCGCAGGCAGAGGGCCAGGGGAUCUGGUCUUCAGGGAGUGCGCACAGAGUGACUGCGUCGCCAAGUGCGUCAACGUCAUCAGGACUCGUACCCUGGAGGCUCUGAACCUUUUCUUCAAGCGCACCAGGGAGUCCACGGCCAAGUCGCUCGUUGUCUUCUCCCACUACCCGACGGACUACUUCACCGGCUCCCCCGAUUUCCUCAGGGCUCUGGCGGACAACUCCAGGCACAACAUCACAUACUUCGGCGGCCACCGCCACGGCGUCGACAACGCCAGCGCCGUCUCCAUCGAACCGAACAAGUACUGGGUCGUCGGCGAGGGCGACGACGAACGCUGCGACGCGGAUCGGCAGCAGGGUUUUGUCGUCGGGGAGAUCGCAGGCGACAGUUCCAUCACGACCUACCCCGUCUUCGUGGACGGAGGGUGCUGCUCUUCCUGAGAGGCCAGCAGAAGCGGAAUUGACACGAAGCGCUAAACACAUGUUCCACAUGAGAGGCCAAGAGCUCAGCCUUUCUGCAAGUUCAUGCUGGUGGCCGCCACAGAAUUCACACCGUCUUCCCACUGGUAAUGCUAGUCCAUCGGGGAGUACUUAUAGUAAGACAUUGGCCGGUUCCCUGCCAGAGACUUGAGAACUUGUUACCGCUCCGCUUCGUCAUGGGAGGCCAGGCCGAGCUGCCCGGCAAAUGGCCGGGUCUUUUUCUGAAAUAUCUAAGGAUUGGGCAGUCGCAGUUUUAAGGGUAGUCGGCGUCCGAGCCUACCCUCCUGCGUCUAAUGACGACCGCCUCUGCCACCUCGCGAUAAGCCAGUCCUUUGUCGGGUAAGAGUGCUCCAACAUACCUGCUAUUCAAGAGACGGCAGCUUCGGCUGCUGCGUGACCAUUUGUAUCGAAACCAGGCAUCGGCGCAUAGGUUUAUGUGAGCUGUGCCUCACCCGGUCCAAGUGCAUGCCAGUAAACGCCACAAAGUCGUUCAUCCCUGCGAGCGUGUGGGCUCGCAUGGGUAAUUCGCACCCCGUGCGGCCACGCUGGGCUUGCCCGCUCUGCGGGCAUCCGCCCAGUGAUUCGUUGCUCGCGCACUGUCUUCGACACGUCGAUGCACAACCAGAUAUCCUGUUUCGCGCCGAGGUAACUUGCAAGGAGGGGCUCAGAUAGGCUCAGAAUUCCUCCUCCUCCUCCUCCUCCUCCUCCUCCUCCUUCGUGACGUCCUCUUCUUUCUCUUCUCGUGUUCUUCUUCAGCCUCCACCUGGAGUGCAGAGGACCCGGGCCCCGCCAGCGGCGUCGGGCCACGGCGUCGGACACUUCUCUCCCCGAGGCCGCCGACGGUGCUCCCGAGGUGACGCUCGCAGGUCUCGAGCUGUCUCGAGAAAUGCGGCGGACCACCUCUGCAGACACCUCCCUGCUCGCGGCGGCACGGCACGCCUCGG